AUGCAUCGUCUAGGUGGUGUCGGUCUUGCAGCGUUUGAACGACAGCAACAAUCCCAGAGAUCUUUCGUUGAACUCUCGAACGAGCUCUCGCAAACUCAGCUUCAGAACCUUCAUUCGCAACUCGCUCAAUUCCGAGCUGCCCUCUUGCGCUUCGCUAGCACGCAUCGGGACUCGAUCAAGCGCGAUCCCGCUUUUCGACAUGCCUUCCAGAAGAUGUGCUCGUCCAUCGGCGUUGAUCCACUCGCCGGUCCGAGGCGGGGCGGUUGGUGGGCCGAGAUGCUCAACCUUGGAGAUUGGCAAUACGAACUGGGCGUCCAGAUCGUGGAUAUAUGCGUCGUCACUAGGGAGCGCAACGGAGGGUUAAUUGAAAUGAGCGAGCUGGUGAGGCUCUUAGGGAAGCUACGUGGCGUCGAAGGCGGGGCGGUGACGGAGGAGGAUGUGGUGCGCAGCAUCAAAACACUGCAACCCCUUGGCGCCGGCUACGAAAUCAUUGAUGUCGGCGGGGGCAGAAAGAUGGUGCGGAGUGUCGUGAAAGAACUAGACGCGGACCAAGCAGUCGUCCUGGCUGUUGCUCAAGAGGAAGGAGGACGGAUCGUCGAAGACUUGCUGGUGGAGCGUCGAGGAUGGACCCGGGAUCGAGCUCGGGCUGCCUUGCAGAAUAUGCACCUUCGGGACGGGCUGUGCUGGAUUGACGAGCAGGAUGAGCGCGGGGGUGUCUCGUACUGGGUGCCCUCCGCUAUGCAGUGGGACGAGUAA